AUGAAGGGAGCCAUAGGCGAGACCAAGUUCAUCCGCACCCUUCGGCAGAUCGAGUACGAGGCCAUCCAAGCCCCCUCUGCAAAGGCCGGCGCGACUCCGCUGUCCGAUGAGGAGCUUGCCGAGGUCGUCCGAGAGUUCAGCGCCGAGGGGGGAGACGGCGGUAGCAACCCUAACCCUGGAUCCCGCGCGGAGAACAAGGUCCUGUACGACGACUUUGUCGACAUGCUGGUCGUCGCCUCUCCCAGGCGGCGGGAGCGGGGGCAGAGGAAGGCGCGGUCCCCGCCCAAGCGCCGCCUGAGCAUGAGCAUGGUGCUGCCGGAAGGGCCGGUGAGGAGGCACCGGUAUCAGCCCCCGCCCACGGUGCACAGCUACCUCAACAAGAUGAACGCGGAGGAGUUCGACUACCACGGGGACACCAACAAGCAGCUGGCACGGGCCAUGAAGGCAUUCAGCAGCAGCUUCGCGAGGGCCAACCGCCGCAAGCUGCUGAGGAAGCACUUCUUGGCGUUCGAUGUCAACAACACCCGGAGGAUAAGCCGGGCGCAGUUCGUCGAGACGGUCAACGAGGUCGCUUCUGAGUUUUUCAUCGACUUCGACAGCCGGAACAAAGAUCUCCUCGCCGCUUUCUUCUUCCCCAAGGAGCACGGCAGGGUGGAGUACGAGACCCUCCUGGAGAUCAUCACGGCCAGGGACGUCCGCCGCGCGCGCGCCUUCAGGCAGCAGACCGCCGAGGAGGGCGCCGACUUCGACGAGCUCUUCACCGGCGUCGACAACACCGCCAGAAAGAGGGACUUCGGGGGCACGCUGAACCUUUUCGCAACGGCGUACUGA